GUGAGCGCCGUAGCUGUGGAAACAGACAGCGAGCACAUCCACACUGCAUUUGACAGCGGAUCAUGAUAAACGCUUUUCUGGAGAUGGAUUUCGUGGGAAACUGAAUUCCGCUGGGAAGGCAGAGGAAGGCAAAAUCAUGUGAAACACUCGAAACGAUGCUGGAUAGUCCUGACUUUUGUCACAGAAUGGAAUUACGUUGGACUUUUGAGUUGAUCACCCGCUUAAUCUUCAGUCAAAGGGACUGAAACAGUGUCUUCUGCUCGUCCUGCUGUCACAAACAUCUCCUGUGCAGUUGGUAGUACAGCAGGAGAAGGAAUGGCCAAAAUCUGCACAGAGCAAUCAUACUCUACCCGCAAGUCUGCUUUUACUCCAGAGCUGGACCCCCAGUGGGUUGAUAGAGAAGACAGGAUAUCCUUUGUACUCAGACAUGGAGGUUGGUUAUCACAAAGGAAAAAAAAUGCAAAAAGCAGUUCAACUACGGAGGGCUCUGAAAAUGUUCCGGAGCAGGGUGGGGAAAGCUGGGACAACAAGGAAGGUCAAGAUCAACUUCAAAAGAGAAACCACAACAGGAAUAGUGGACACUGGCCUCUUGCUACACUAAAUAUGAAUAACUGCAACAACACAGAUGACAAAAAGGAUAACAAGGAGAUAAAGAAAGACGACAAGAAAGAGGACGGAAAAAAGGAUGAAAAGAAAGAUGAGAAGAAGGAGGAGAAAAAAGAUGACAAAAAGGAUGACAAAAAGGAUGAUAAAAAAGACGACAAAAAGGAUGACAAAAAGAAAGAAGACCCACCGAAAGAAUAUUGGAUAAUGGACCCUGCUACAGACAUGUACUACCACUGGCUUACCAUUGUAGCAGUACCUGCCUUCUACAAUUUGAUGAUGCUCAUCACCAGAGCAUGCUUCAAUGAGCUGCAGGAUAAUUACACCAUGCUGUGGAUUACCUUGGAUUAUACAUCAGAUGUUAUCUACUACAUCGACACCUUUGUCAGAUCCAGAACAGGUUUUCUGGAACAAGGCUUGCUGGUGAAAGAUCUUAAGAAGCUAAUGGAAUACUACAAAAAAACACCACAGUUCAGAUAUGACCUGAUCGCAAUGCUACCAACAGAUGUAUUUAUGGUUUAUGUGGGCAUAAACAAUCCUGAAUUGAGAUUUAAUCGUCUUUUCAAACUGUCUCGACUCUUUGAGUUCUUUGACCGAACUGAGACGAGGACGAACUUUCCCAAUAUCUUCCGCAUUGGCAACCUUGUACUCUACAUCUUAAUUAUCAUUCACUGGAAUGCCUGCAUCUUUUUUGCUAUCUCCAAAACACUUGGCUUUGGGACAGACACUUGGGUCUACCCCAACAUCAGUGAUCCUGAAUAUGGUCGCUUGGCAAGGAAGUAUAUUUACAGCUUAUACUGGUCCACGCUCACUUUAACAACCAUCGGAGAGACUCCACCUCCUGUUAGAGACAUUGAGUACUUGUUUGUUGUUACUGACUUUCUUAUUGGUGUGCUUAUAUUUGCCACUAUUGUUGGUAAUGUUGGUGCCAUGAUCUCCAACAUGAAUGCUUCACGUGCUGAAUUCCAGGCCAAGAUUGAUUCCAUUAAACAGUACAUGCAGUUCCGUAAGGUCACCAAAGAUCUAGAGGCUCGUGUUGUGAAGUGGUUUGACUACCUUUGGACUGAAGAGAAGACCUGCGAUGAGAAAGAAGUGCUUAAGUACCUUCCAGACAAGCUAAAGGCAGAGAUUGCCAUCAAUGUGCAUUUGGAAACUCUGAGAAAGGUUCGCAUAUUUCAAGACUGUGAGGCAGGCCUGCUCAUUGAACUGGUGCUCAAGCUUCAACCUCAGGUCUUUAGCCCUGGAGACUACAUCUGCAAGAAGGGUGACAUUGGCCGUGAAAUGUAUAUCAUUAAAGAAGGUAAUCUGGCUGUGGUAGCAGAUGAUGGUGUUACACAGUUUGUGGUACUCAGUGAUGGUGCCUACUUCGGCGAGAUUAGUAUCUUGGGCAUCAAAGGUAGUAAGGCUGGAAACCGUAGAACUGCAAACAUUCGUAGUGUGGGCUAUUCAGACCUCUUUGCCCUCUCUAAAGAUGAUCUCAUGGAGGCCCUGACUGAAUAUCCAGAUGCCAAGCAGGCUCUGGAGGAGAAAGGCAGGGCCAUUCUGAUGAAAGAUGGCUUGAUUGAUGAGACAAUGGCCAAAGCAGCAGAUGCUAAAGACCUAGAGGACAAGGUGGCCAUGCUUGAGACAAAUCUUGAGGUGAUGCAGGUCAAGCUUAAACGCAUAACAGGAGACUGGGCAGCGAGCCAGGGCAGGAUCAAGCAGAGGAUCAGCAACAUGGAAGCCAGAGUGAAAACACUCAGGGAGGAUGACCUGCCCGAAUAGCAGUGGACAAGAAAGAUUAAUAGUUCUAUAAAGUUCUGUUAGUAUUCUUAUUUUACAGUAGAUCUCAAGGUUGGAACUUGCAUGAAAAUACAUAAAUACAAUCACCGAAAAUCUUAAAUGUAUAAUAACUGCAGAGCGCCUUUUAUACAACUUUACAGAACUCUAUUUUAUUAAAAAAUGGAGAUCUAUAGAGUUCUUGGCUGGAUAUUAGUUACAGGGUUGACUGUCAUUCAUGCUCUGUAGAUGUGCAUUUUAUAAAAGUGAAAAUGACUAAAAAGUGAUAAUGUGUUGAAUUUUACUACAUUUACAGAGUGUAAUAUUAUACUAGGAAUACAAAUUUCCUUGAGCUUGCUGGAUGCAAUGAAAGCUGGCUCCUUCAGUUGUUCUUUAUUUAUGACAAUUUGAUGAGGAUUCCAUGACACUUUAUGUAAACAUACAUAUGCAAAUGCAAAAUGUGUGUGUAUUUAAGUCUCUAAUAUUUGCCAUGUCAAACAUAUGCCUUUUUUUAAGCAAGAAAAGAAAAACUGCACAGCAUCAGAGACUUCUUACAUCUAAACUCAGGGCAAAUUGUUUAAUAUGGGAGCAUUCAUAUUUUUAGACAGAGACUGCUUUUACUAUUAGCAGGGAUCCAACUUAAGAUUGAUUUGUUUGAAUAAAUACUAUCAAAUGAAAA